AUGAGCCCACGACCAUCUCUCAUGCCGCCCACCGAAGGCUCCUUCCUUUCAUCGGGAGCCUUUACCCCAUCCGGCCUCACACCUAAUACACGUACUGAAGCUGAAGCUGCCUUCACUUCCAAUAGCGUCUCGCAGACCGACUCAGCAGCUCCCGACCCACGUCUACUGCCGCUGAUGGGCGCUGGUGGAGGAAACGAGAGAACCACAGAUAAUGGGCCACCUGAAGCUGUUAGGGCUUACACUGGCUACCGCCGACCCGGUAUGGCUAGAGCAAGCUCGGCCAACUACGAGAACGCACUGAAGCGAGCGCAACAAGCAUCCGUCUCGUCAGACUUCUCUGCUGACUCUGAAACACCCGAGAACGUCACUGCUGGCCAGACAGUCGCGUCGCCUUCAGGCACAACCCCCUUCCCACCCCCCGGUCAGGGAGUAGUCCCGCUUAACUAUGGAUCAACACCUGUCGGUGCCCCGCAGGGAGAUUCGAUCAAGAAAACUAGGUCACGAGGCCUGAGCCUAAGCGGUCUCGCUCAACAACAGGGCUGGAGUGAGCAGGACUACAAGCAGAUGCGAAUCUUCGAUAUUCUCGUGACUGUUGUCACUAUUCUGCCAACAGUUUUCUCUUUUAGAAUCCCACUUCCAGAGACUCCGUGUAAGACAGGUACUCAGCGCUGCCAUGACAACACCGUGGAAGAAUGUGAUCCUUUGGGCAACUAUGUGCCUAUCCGAGCAUGUAGCGACACUGAGUUCUGCACGAUCGAUGCCCAUGACCCCGACGCUCCCGGCCAAUGUACUGAGCAAGAUUGUGUUGUCGAACCGUGCCUACGAUCUUCACACCAGGCCAUUGCUCGGGCUCCCUUCAUCAACGACAUGCCGCCUACACGUUCUCCUUCGAAAAACUUUGAAUCAAGGUCAUACAUCCCUAAAGGUACCCCAAGUGUUUUCGAGCAUUGCAUCACUGCUGGCGAGAGGCGAUGCAGCGGAAAACAAGUUGAGAUGUGUAGUACCGAAAACGCUUGGGUCAAAAUCGAAAGCUGUAGCGAUACUGAAAAGUGUCGCGCAGAAUACAAGGAUGCUCGUUGUCAACUGGUCGUUGCGUCCACACUUCUCAUUCUACGUUUUCCCGCGGCAAUACCCGAAUGGUGUAGGACUGGCGAGUCUCGCUGCUUGGGCAAUGUUCUUCAAUCGUGCGAACAGAACAGCUGGAAACCGACAAUGUGUCCCAAUCCGUCCAAGUGCGUCAAGCGUGACGACGUCGCGCAAUGCUGGGUAGAACCACCUUUCCCGUCCGUGGUACCAGAGCUAUGCGUGCCGGGGGAUAGGAAGUGCGACUCUGACGCAUAUGCCCUUCAGCUAUGCGGCAAAGAUGGAGUGUACCACACCGAGAAGAAAUGCACCACCCCCGGUGAUUGCAAGACCGACAGGCCAGGUCAAGCGCACUGUGGGACAGGAAGCAUAGAUCCACCAAAGUUCGAGCGUCAGACCAAUAGCACUCAGUGCACCCACGGUGAUUAUGCCUGCGAUACCCACCGUCGGUUCAUGUUUGUUUGCAUCAACGGCGCAUGGCAAGAGCCGAUUCAGUGCCACAGGGCCGGUGCCUGCCAGCCUGUUGGGCCUACGCCUGAAUACCCCAAGGGGAACAUGGACUGCAUAGGCUUCCCGAAGUAUCUCUAUCCUGACAACAGGGGCUCACCGAAACUUGAAGACAUGGAGAAGUGCCGUGAGAGCAUGUGCGAGGAUUGGGAUUGCAAGGACUGCGAUCGCUGCACAUACCACCUCGGAUAUGGCGAAGUGCUAGAGCCUGAUCUGAACACUUUAAUCCAUGGCUCACCGACACUGUAA